ACUGUUUACUUUACGCGUAUGAAAAAGGAAGUAGAAAGUUAAGCUACAGGAAGAGAUUAACAUUCAGUCAUAAUAGAACUAUGGAUUUUUUAAGUUAUUUUAAAGGUAGUGUUUAUGAAAUAAGUUAUGGUACACUAACAGAAACGCACAGACAUACAUGUAUAGAGUUGUUUCUCGGACAAAAUAAUUGUUGUAUCUGUUAUUAAGACUUGAUUUUAAGUGUGCAACCUCUAUGGAAACAUGGCGGUUUCCGGUCGUAAAAUAUCCGAUUUCAACGGUUCAAUAUCAGUGGGUUCAGCCGAGGACUUUGAGCAUAGUUGUGUCCCUUGUUUGUCUGAUGACCAACAUGUAGAAGCUCAUGGAUUUUGUGUGGAUUGCCAGGAAUAUUUAUGUAAAAACUGUCUUCAUUGCCACAAGAAAACGAAAGCCUCGAAACACCAUCAGUUGCUUGAUAUACAUAAAGUGGACAAACAUGCAACAACUGAUCAAACAUCAAAUAUCUGCACUGAAAAAUGUCCAACUCACAGAAAUGAAGUCAUCAAGUUCUUUUGCCCGAAUCAUGAAGAGCUGGGCUGUACUGAUUGCAUGACGAUGAAGCAUAAAGCAUGCGAUCUCGAGUAUAUCCCUGAUAAAUGUACAGGUAUAGGAGACAGUGAAGAAUACAAAGAAAUAAUGAGUAAUCUGGAGAAGAAACUUGAAGAGGCAGAUGGUAUAAGCAAAAAAGCAAAAGAAAGAAACAAGGAAAUAGAUACUUGGCAUGACGAAGUUAUGAGGGAUAUAAAAAAAUUCAGAAAAGAAAUAAAUGAUCAUUUAGACACACUGCAAGAGAAGAUUGAGGCAGACGUUGCAAAACGGAAAUCCUCAGAUAAACAGGAAGUCGAUGCCGUUCUCGAUGCUUGUGCUGCUCUUACUUCCAAAACCAGGAAAAUGCGGUCAAAUUUAAUUGAUUUUAAAGCAGCAAAUCAAAAUGUUGACCUUUUCAUGGCAAUUAAACGGACACAACUAAAAGUGCAAUCGAAAGAGGCAAUGCAGGCUGAAAUUGUCCUUAGAAAGACAAAAACUGGGCGAUUUGAAUGCAGCAAAGCUUUAGAGAAUAUUCUAUCAAUAGACAGCCUGGGAACACUGACUGAGUAUUCAGCUAGUGUUGCUUCAGCUUCUAAGAGGUCUGCUGGUCCUACCAAACUGUUAACGGCCCCAGCAAGAAAAAGUCCAUUGUCUGCUAAAGAAGAUAUAAAUGUAAAAACGGAAACAGAUAGUCAACCAUGUGUUAUUUCUGGUUGUGCUCUUCUCUCAUCUGAUAAACUUGUUCUAACGGAUUAUAACAAUAAAAAGUUGAAAGUUGUUAAUACAUCACUGAAAACAGUGGUUGACGAGAAAACAUUAAAUGCUACUCCAUGUGAUGUUAUUGUUCUUCCGGAGGAUCAAAUUGCUGUGACAAUUCCAGAAAGUGAAGAGAUACUGAUUAUGGGAACAGCUGGACAGCUGACAACUUCCCGCAGCAUUAAAAUUCAAAGACGAUGUAAGGGUAUAACCUAUCACCAAGACCAUCUUUAUGUGGCCUGCGUUCUUCCUAACUGUAUUCUUAUACUGGAUACCAAAGGCAAUGUCAAGAACAUAAUAUCAUGUCAAGAUCAAACGGAUAAAUUAAAUUACAUUGAGCUUAGCCAGGACAGCCAAACUUUCUAUAUCAGUAAUGGUUUGGGUAACUUGGUGGCAAAGUUUACAUUAGAAGGUGAACUGUCCGCUAAAUACAGUGAUAUUACUACACCUAGGGGACUGUUGGUCCUAAAUGACGGAUCCCUGCUGGUGUGCAGUUCUGUGAACAAUAGCAUUUAUCGGCUCGAAGCAAACUUCAAACAAAGCCAACAAGUUGGUACUGGUUUAUUUCAACCGUUGUCAAUAUGCUGUAAUCAUGAGAAAAGUGAGGUAUAUGUUGGUGGUCAAGGUUGCAAUCAGCUGAAAGUCUUCAGUCUAUGAUAGUACAUGGUUAAAUCUUUGUAUCACAAAUAGUGUUAUAAUCAUUCAAUUGAAACGAUAUCUGAAUUAAAAACCGCCAGACUUUGUGAUUUGCAUUAAAGCCAUGCUCCCGUCCUACCUUUUAACCUUGAAUUGUCACUGAAAAAAGCAUGAAAAUCCUGACUAUGAACAGUGACGCCUGUCAAAAUAGAGUCUAUUUUAUAUAAAAUUCAAUCUGACUAAAGUACUUGAUCUUCUAAACGAAGAUCUGAGAACGACCCAUUCACAUUCGUCUUCUGUAUAUUUUGGAUUUCCAAUAUUGCUAUUUUUAUUUUUGCAAAUCUAUUUUUGUUUGAACCAAUCAGACAACUUGUUCGAAUGUCAAAGAGUAAGAAAAAUCCAAGGCUCGAACCCGGGACCUCUCGCUUACAGAGCAAGUGCCCUACCGACUGAGCUAACCGGCUAUCUGACAUCUUUCGAAAUAAAAAUUGUUGAUAUCAAAAACCAAGGCUUUUUAAAGCUUGCAGAAUGAUGUAAGUGUGCUUUUGAUUGGCUAGCGGAAGGGUUGUCAGAACGAGGCCAUCAAUAGCUCGUUGUCAGAUCCUAUGCGUAGCGUAAUAGGAGAUGUACUUUAGUCAGAUUGUAUAAAAUUCUAUUGGCCAGUUUUUCAACUCUAUCACUAAGAAAGGCUCAAACCAGUAUUAGUUAAGCCAUCGCUCAACCUUGUUUUCUAACGGAUUUUUACUAAUACUCGGCGGGUAUUUUUGCGAUGUAUUAGCUAAGCCUUGGUCACACACUAUGAAGAUGUAGAUACAGUCAUCGGACUGUUUCGCUGUACGUUUUUAUAGAUAAAACGUGUUACUUUGGUGAUUUACUACUUCGCAUAGAAAAUACAAAGACACAUUAAAACACAAAAGCACUAGCGCCCGUCUAAUGAAUGAAAAAAAAUUGCUGGGAAAAAAGGUGAAUUUAUUUCAAGGUAAGACUACAAGCAUUCCUAUGUUUCCUCAUUGUCUUAUUGUUUUCAUUAUUCCUAAAUGUUCCACCUUUCAUGUACAAAACACGUGUAAUAUGCACUUGAAAUUGGGAAUGCAUUUGUAAAUUUAAAUCAAUAGUAUAGGUACUCGAAUUACACUUGCAAAUGCAUGAAUUUCAAAAUCCACACGUCAUUGAAAGGAGACGUAUAUAUACAGACGUGCGUAUCCAUGAACUUUUAUAUAUAUAUGUUCACCUACAUAUUUGUGCGUUACAUGUAUUUAUAAUUAAUUACAUGCACUUAUAUAUUUAUGCUUGCACGUAUAUUUUGAAACGUGUACAAACGUAGCGAAUUUAGUAAAGUUAAAAUGGAAGAGUUGAAUGUGUUACAUUUUUAGCUCGACUUUUCGAAUAAAAAAUAGAGUUUUUGCACUCGCCCCAGCGUCGGCGCCGGCGUCGCCGUCGCCGUUGGUUUAAGUUUUUCUUCUAUAUAAAGUAAAACAUAUAUAAUACUAGCUUCACUGAGAAAAAAUAUGUCCAAAAGUCCAAAUCGUCGUACAUAACGGAAGGGUUUGCUCAGUCCCGUAUCAUUCCCUCCCUCUUCAACAUUUCUGUUUUAACUUCAUACUGGAAAUUUAAUUCCAUGUCUAAAUAUUCCGCCUGCAUCUUUUCUUAAACCACCUAUGCCCCAGGUUUAAAAUAACAAUAGAAAGAUAAGCCAUUGCUGACACCGCUCAAAGUAGAAAAAUCCAAUUGAAGGUUUAACUUUUGUCGAGUCCCGUUAUUCACGUGCUGACUAAAUCGUUGUAAAUAUACCCGACACGGCUUAAGUCAGAGCUUAAGUCAUUACUUAAUAGUUGAAAAACUGGCCAUAUAUGAAAUGCCUGUGGUUUUGCGUGCUAAAGUGUGGCACGUGGCCGUUAACUGUUACCUAUUGUAAUCAUGGGUUGCAUGCACACAAAAGAAUUUGAAUAACCGCGGAGCAGGGCUUUAACAAAAGUUUCAUGUCAUAAGAUCUUUGUACAGACCUGAAUCUGUACAAACUUUGUCUAUUUUUUUUUGUCUUGCGUAUUGUUAUUUUUUCAAAGACAUCAGUUUUUUUUUAAUUUCAUCAAAGAUGAAAGAUUAACAAGUAUACAUAUAUAUUUGAUUUUUGAUUUUUCUUAAAGGAAUGCUAAGAACGCGUUGAAUGAUAAAAAAAUAACAUUUUGGAAACGGUAGCCUACUACAAUUUUUAUGCUGAGACAUUGAACAUACUGCAUUAGUACAAAUGUAAUUAGUUUUUCUUUUGUUCAAAUUGUAUAUUACCUAAUAAUUGUGAUAUAUUAUCCCGUAUCAUUACGUGUAUAUUAGGGGUUCACCAAAUAGGAAAAAGAAGACGUUUAUUUACACUAUAUAGCUUCGGACAAUGAUGGGCAUUAUGAGUAAGGAAGGGUUUGUACCGCUCAGUGUUUUGGCCCACUGUCGUCACAAUAUACUCACUGUGCCUUUUAGUUUACUUUGUGUAUUUGUAUGUCCAUAUUAAUCAUGAACAGUUCAGUAAGAUUUUGUUUUAAGGGUGCUGUGUUACUAUAAAGUGUUUUUCCUUUGUGAUAUUUCUCGUAGUUUAUGGGUGUGAAGUUUUCCAAAAUUAUUUCUUUGAGCGGUAUGCUAUACAUGUAUUUGUAAUAUAUUUGUUGAUUAAUCCCGGUUAAACCGGACAUGUAGGUAUAAACUGACCCAGCUAAUUAUAGGACAAUCAAAAGAAAGGCAAAUUAUUUCCUUAUUAACUUCAGAUUUGGACGUGGCUAUUAGACUAUUGCCAAUUAGUUUUCGGAACUCUGUCAUAUUAUAUCUAUAGACUUUUGUGUUGAAUGUUAUAUGAAACUAUUUUUCUUAAUUCAAACUUAAAUACUAAUACUGUGAACACAAGUAUUAUUAGAUGAUAUGUAAUGUAUAUCAAAUCACACUUGCUCUAAUUGUUUUAUUAAACUUAGAUAACUUAUUAUCAUGACAAUACUUUGAUCUGCAAUGCUGCAUUCGGCUCUGUUUACAUUUUCAAUGCCUGGAUCCCACGAGGUGCUUACACAAAAUCCACGAGAGCCAAAUUCAAUUCAAUAUUUUUAAACUGUUAACUCUUUGGCACAUCUUUGGAACGUCGCAACUAAAAUAAGUAGUCAUACCACAGAAUACCACAGAAUAUUUAUAGGUUAUUAGCUUUGUAUCGGGGAAUAUGUUUUUUUUUAUUACAUACGCAUCUACGCGUAUAAAUAUAAUGUAUAUAUCAAGAAUUUGUUCAAUAGCCUGAAUAGGAUUGACAGUACUGAACUAAGUAAAAAAAAAUAAAAAUAGUACAACAACACACACUGAAUUACGUUAGGAAUAUAGAAGUCGGAAAGGGGAAAAGUUGUCUCUCAUUAAUUCGAGAACGAUAUUCGUAGAUGAAACAAAAUUAGUUUUCUGUUCAGAUUAAAUAGAUGAAUUGGCUGUAAGAGUGAUUAUAAGUCUUCACAAAGAUAAUUUGUUAAUUUUGUCGCAAACGUAUGGAUUUUAUUCUGUGUAGAAAAUUAAUUAUGUAUAGAAAAUAAAACUGUUGUCACUUUAAAAUGGGUCUAUUUCAGUUUAUUGGAAUGUUGCACUGUAAUUGUUUACACGUGUUUUUAGGUUUAAGGGAAAACAAACACCAAAUAUUCAAUAGAAUACUAGAGACUUUCAAAAUUCACACUGAUAUAAAUUCAACAUGUCAUUUCUUAUUAUCGCGACAAAUACAUGUAUUUCCCCCACUGCUUUACCAUUGCUAAGGUAGUACAUGUACUUAAAAUGAAUUCAUAACGAAUAACCAAGAUAAGUAUUACAAGAUUAAAAUUAAUGUUUCGUAUCCAUAAAUUGCUUGAUACAUCGGCUGUCAACUUUGUAAACUGUACAUAUGCUUUAUCUAUGUUAUCUCUCAAUAAAAAUGUAUGCAAACUUUU